AUGGUACAGCGGUUGCUGCGGAGCUGGAUGGUGCUGAGUAGCGUGUCUAUGAGCUUGCUGUUCGAUCUGUCUGUUCAGAAUGGCGAAGAACCCUAAUUUUCAGGAAGUUGGUCAUCUGCCUACAGGCUACGUCCACUGUAGAUCUUCAGACAGCUUUACUGGCUACCAAUAUCACCAUCCCUCCAAGAUGAGUAACAGCCAUCCGCUUCGCCCUUACACAGCUGUGGGUGAGAUUGACCACGUUCACAUUCUGUCAGAGCAUAUUGGUGCUCUAAUGAAUGGGGAAGAAUACAGUGAUGUUACCUUUAUUGUAGAAAAGAAACGUUUUCCGGCACACAGAGUGAUCCUGGCUGCUAGGUGCCAUUAUUUCAGAGCAUUAUUGUAUGGCGGAAUGAGAGAAUCUCAGCCUGAAGCAGAAAUUCCUCUUCAGGACACCACUGCAGAAGCGUUUACCAUGCUGCUGAAAUAUAUUUACACUGGUCGUGCUACACUACGAGAUGAGAAAGAGGAGGUUCUCCUAGACUUCCUGAGCCUAGCACAUAAAUACGGGUUCCCAGAACUGGAGGAUUCCACGUCUGAGUAUCUUUGCACAAUACUUAACAUUCAGAAUGUCUGCAUGACGUUUGAUGUUGCCAGUCUUUAUUCUCUUCCCAAAUUAACUUGUAUGUGCUGUAUGUUCAUGGAUAGAAAUGCCCAAGAGGUGCUCUCCAGCGAAGGCUUCCUAUCGCUUUCGAAGGCUGCUCUUUUAAGUAUUGUACUGAGGGACUCAUUUGCAGCUCCUGAGAAGGACAUUUUCCAAGCUUUGAUGAAUUGGUGUAAACAUAACCCCAAGGAAAACCAUGCUGAAAUCAUGCAAGCAGUACGUUUGCCACUAAUGAGUCUAACAGAACUACUCAAUGUUGUAAGACCUUCUGGAUUGUUGUCACCUGAUGCCAUCCUAGAUGCCAUUAAGAUUCGUUCCGAGAGUCGGGACAUGGACCUCAACUACAGGGGCAUGUUAAUACCAGGAGAAAAUAUUGCAACAAUGAAGUAUGGAGCACAGGUUGUAAAAGGGGAGCUGAAGUCUGCUUUAUUAGAUGGGGAUACUCAGAACUAUGACUUGGAUCAUGGCUUCUCCCGACACCCGAUCGAUGAUGACUGCCGUUCUGGAAUUGAAAUUAAACUAGGCCAGCCGUCAAUAAUCAACCACAUACGAAUACUCCUGUGGGACAGAGAUAGUCGGUCUUAUUCCUACUACAUUGAGGUGUCCAUGGAUGAAUUAGACUGGAUUCGGGUUAUUGAUCACUCUAAGUACCUCUGUCGGUCCUGGCAGAACCUGUAUUUUCCUGCCCGUGUCUGCAGGUAUAUUCGAAUUGUUGGGACUCACAACACAGUGAACAAAGUUUUCCAUAUUGUGGCGUUUGAAUGCAUGUUCACCAACAAAACCUUUACUCUGGAGAAAGGUCUGAUAGUUCCCACUGAAAAUGUUGCAACGAUUGCAGACUGUGCCAGUGUGAUUGAGGGUGUAAGUCGCAGUCGCAAUGCCUUGUUGAAUGGAGACACAAAAAACUACGAUUGGGACUCUGGGUACACGUGCCAUCAGCUUGGGAGCGGAGCGAUUGUAGUACAGCUAGCACAGCCCUACAUGAUUGGAUCAAUACGGUUGCUACUUUGGGACUGUGAUGAUCGGAGCUACAGCUACUACAUUGAGGUUUCAACAAAUCAGCAGCAGUGGACUAUGGUGGCCGAUCGCACAAAAAUUUCCUGCAAAUCCUGGCAAACAAUCACUUUCGAUAAGCAGCCCGCAUCUUUUAUCAGAAUAGUCGGAACUCACAACACAGCUAAUGAGGUGUUUCACUGUGUGCAUUUUGAGUGCCCAGCACAAAACAGUACCCACAAGGAUGAGUGUAGUAAGGAAGUGGCAACAACAGAGGUGGGGACUGGUGGACAACAGCUUGUUUCUCGCCCUGUUCGAGCUGCAAGCACUAGUUCCCUGCAUUCCCCUCCUGGAUCCACCUCGCGUUCACAUGCUCACCAACCGUAAAGGAGAUUGAAAGGGAGCUUUUGCAGCCCUGCUGACGUUACAUGAAAUGAUUCAGAACCUUCUUGUGCUGGCACCUUUUCUUUCUUUUUCUCUGUGAACAAUGGGGACCAUGUCUGAAAGCUGGAAAUGCUGAGAUGGAAAAGGCUUUUCCCAAGGACGUGAAGAGACUGCUUCACUCUCCUCAAUUUGUUCAAAUCAGGCUGGUCUCCAAGGGGGGAGAAAAUAGAUCUUCAAUCUUCAUCAAGUACCCCAUUAACACCCUACCUCUCUAAUCUAACCAAGGCAAGGAGAACAGAAGGAAAUAAAAGGCAAAGCUACAGUGGAAAUCUAAAAUGACUCGAGCAGAAUGGAAAGCAUAUGAAAUAAGUAUUUGUUCCCUGAAGGCUUCCAUUAGCAAAGAAAAUGUUUAUGGAACACGUCAGUCCAGAAUAUAUGUUAUUUUUAAAAGUUAUUCUUCAUUCAUAUUCCUUUGUGACUAGUAAUCUGUUUUCUAAAUUGUUUUGACUCUCUAUUUCACUUUGUCUCUUAUUUUGGGCUGCAGCAAAUGCUGUGCAGUAGAUUAAGGAAGUAUCAAACAUGUUUACCUGCUGAGGUGCAAAUUUCCCUCAUUCAUCAGUGGGAUGACAAGAAAAGCCUUCAUGAUAUCAACAAACUAAUUAACGGAUGCGAUAUUAAUCUUGACCUUAGUUGACUUUUCAAAGUACAAAAUUAUCAUUUCUUAAACUCAGAAAGGAAAUUCCUAAAUCAAGCAUCCGUCUUGAAGAAAACCAUGUUUUCCACUCCUGAAUAUGAUUGCUUAAAUUUUACCUGUAUUUCUAAGAAAACUUGCAACAGAUGAUCAGAACUGUUUGCUUUAGAAAAGGAGAACUGCAUCUGGUCGCUGACAAGCAGAAUACAAAAAGAAUUUGCAGACACUUACUUUUUCCCAAGAAAAAAAAAUGUUUUACAAUCUGGAGCUAAAAAUUCAAAGGCGGUGUGUGCAUAAACUUUUCUCACAAUCUUCAUAAAAGAUGAUGGUUUUACACGGUAUUGUAAAAGAUCUGGCUCUUACUUUACAAUCACAGAAUUCCUUAUCCAUCUAUGUCUGUCUGGAUGACGUCGCCUGCUGCUUUGUUUAUUCUAGGUCUUUCCACGCUGAUGAUGACGCAGUCUCUUACCCUCCAGGUCUACGUGACUUUGAGAAGAGCUCCACGUUGGUCUUUCAGUAUGGGAUAAAGUGAUUUCGUAUUAAGACAAAUGCUGAUGUAACUGGCAAAAUUGAUUAGGAGGGUUGUUACUCCUCGCAAAGUAUAUUAUACUGGAAAUGUCAGCUAUCCAGCUUUAUGAACUUGGAAUUUCCUGUGGUGACAAAUAGCCUUGUCAGAAGAAAACAAAUCUAGUGUAGGAUAAAUACGGUUCUCCUUUGCAUAACUAUAGUGAUAAAAUGAGUUAUAUCAACAUAGCAAAUAGUAUGUUAAUUUAUCACACUACUUAAUUUGAAAGAAUUUCCCUGUUGGAUACUGGUAGUGCUAAAACCAGGAAGAAAUAUAACAAGUGGUAGCAAUGAAUCAGUAGAAGCUUUGAAGGAGAAAAGCUUCCUUUUUCUUGUUUCAAAUAAAAUUCAUUAGGCUUUAUCAACAAUAUUACAGUAUUUUUCAUUGCCAAGCUGCAGUUGAGUUCUGACAUUUGCAUACAGCCCCCUCCCUUCCCACCGCUGUCUUCUGACUCGUGAAUGUCUGUCGGUG